UUCCGGAAGAGGUGCAGAGCUCCGCGCGCCAGCCGUCACUACGUCACGUUCUGACGCGCUCUCCUCGCGCAGAGUAUAAUCUGCGUUUAAAGGGAGGGAAGACUACACGGAAAGAACAAUGGGCGUAGAAGUCGAAACCAUUAGACCAGGAGACGGAAAGUCCUACCCGAAGAAGGGACAGAAGGUCUCCGUGCACUACGUUGGCACGCUGACGAAUGGAAAUAAGUUUGACUCCUCCAGGGAUCGCGGACAGGCCUUCAAAUUCAAACUUGGCCACGAGCAAGUCAUCCGUGCUUGGGAUGAGGGUGUGGCGAAGAUGAGCAUCGGCGAGGUGGCCAGGUUGACCUGCUCGCCGGACUACGCGUACGGCCCCGCAGGACACCCACCCGUCAUUCCAGGAAAUUCCACUCUCAUCUUUGAAGUGGAGCUGCUGGGUUUCUCUUGAAUUAGAAGGCUGCCCGUCACAAUUUCUCAUGCCAUCAAACAUCCCUUGACACAAAUUAGCUAUUUAUUUCAAGGUGCCGUCACUAGCAUUUCUACACAUGUACACAUUGUAAGAAUUUUGAUACCGUGGAAUGAUUGAGACGAAUUUGACACACGCCAGUGCUAAUGUUAUCGCUGAGAUCAUGAAAACGUUAGGAUGCAGUACGACUUAAUUUCCCCCCCGUAUUCACGUGGCCUCCAUUUCUACAUUCGUCUGAUUAAAAUGAUGGAAUAAUUAGUUUUGUCUAACCAUUUUAACAGAAUUUCCACCUAGCCUAAAAAUUGACUGAGAAAUUUGAGCAAAAUAUAUAAAUAAAUAAUUUGUUCAUAACUAUAUAUUCCAGUGUCCCGGGAAAUGUGAGGUAGUGACUAUAUUUUGGAAAUGCGCCUUUUUAAUGAAGAGCUUGUUUGUUUGUUUUUCUUACAUUUCACAAAUCACUUCAACUGAUGUAUUGAGUUGAUGACUUGGAACUUUAAUGCAAUGUAAAAUAUUGCUUAAAGACAUAAACAGCUUUUUCAUCCCUACAACAUUGCCUUUUGUCGCAUUCAAUCUUGAAUCUUGACUUCCCGUUAUUGUCUUUUUACCAUAACAAGUUAAAUGCCUCAGGUUUUGUCAUGCAUAUUAUAAUUUUUGGUAAUGUUUUACCUCUGAA